GGUGCCCAAAUAUGUGGGUGACUCGAAGACUUCUUAAGUAACAGAACCCAGUGUGUUGUUGUCGAUGGCGAGUGUUCGUCAGAGACAAGGGCAACGUCAGGUGUGCCCUGGGAAGUGUGACAGGACCGCUAUUAUUUUUUGUCUACAUAAGUGAUCUGAUGGACAGGAGUGGCAGCAGUCUGCAGUUCAGUCCGGAAACGAUGGCGGCACCAGAAAAACAUCAAAAUUCUUUCUGUGGUGCAACCUCUGUCAAACAAGAGCCAAUGGAAGCUGGCCCAUUGGCAUCUCCUGAGCUAGAGUUCGAGUACAUAUCUGUUCAAGAAGAAAACUCGGAACUCAAACAUGAAGUGGAGUCAACAAAUAGUGGCAGUGAACCAGAAAGUGCUGUUCCUGUUGCCAUGGAGAAUGACAGGAGUACUGAUGACAGCGGUGAUUUGGUUACCAACAUUUCACCAGCUGCAGGAAAAGACGGCAAUAUUCAAUGUACCACCAAGCAGGAUGCAUUCUGUGGAAGUGAAAGUGAUACAGGGUGUCUUGUGCACAGGUGUGACGUCUGCAAGAAGGUGUUUGCACAGUUGGAGGACCUGAAGAAGCAUUCACGCAUGAAGAGAUGUAAACUACAUCAUUUGUGCAGUGUGUGUCACAAGACGUUCACGAGGAGUAGUAGUUUGAAGAUGCAUUUCCAUGUGCACACAGGUGAACGCCCAUACACCUGUUCCAUUUGCAGCAAGACAUUCACAAACAGUGGCACACUAUUGCAGCAUUCACGGUUGCACACAGGCGAACGUCCGUACGUGUGUGAGAUUUGCAACAAGACAUUCACACAAAUCUCUCACCUGAAGCAGCAUUCAGCUGUGCACACCAUUGAACACUCAUACACCUGUGAUAUUUGCAACAAGACGUUCACAAGAAGUAGUCAUCUUAAGCUGCAUUUGCAGUUGCACACUGGUGAACGUCCAUACAUCUGUCUCAUCUGCAACAAGACAUUCACACAAAGUAAUCACCUCAAGCAGCAUUCACAGGUGCACUCCGGCGAAUCUGCAUAUAGCUGUGGCAUUUGCGACAAGACGUUCACACAAAAUAGUCACCUUAAUCGGCAUUUGAAGCUGCACACUGGUGAACGCCCAUAUAUCUGUGGCGUUUGCAGCAAGACAUUCACACAAAGUUAUCAUCUGAAGCGGCAUUCACAGAUGCACACUCACAAGGUACCCUAAAGUUAUCGUAUGUAUCCUAAGAGAUUCAGGAGCAUCAGAAACUUGAAGGAACACUCAUGGCAGUCUCAUGUAAGGACACCUUAAACACUUCAGUUUUCAGACUAAGGAACGCUCAUAUAAUUUUGAUGCAAUUCCAUAGCGAUAUGCACUGCACCCUAGACUGGAGAAAAAUGCAAAGGACAUGUCAAAACCAUCUGAAAAAUACAUUUGUAACUGCACAAUAGUGAAUACUAUUGAUAAUACCAUUAUAUCAAAAGAAACUGAAUACCUGAAACUUCAUAAAAAAACCUGUAUGGUAUCUCACAAAUACUGUAAUUCAUGUCUGUCGGU